UUGCUUCUGUUUCCCUUCUGUGCAUGUUUUCUCGCGACCUCCACCAUAGCCAUGCUAGAUGUGCAUCAAAAAUCUUCAUCAUAGCUUUUUUAGAAAACUAUGUACGUACCUUGUCACUGGCAUAUUCAUUAGGCGUGUUGGUAAUUUCCGGAACCAUCCCAUCGCGGGAAGAAAUUAUUUCCGAUAAAGAGUUAUUGUUUAUCAAGAGUAGUGUGUAACACAAAGCAAUGAAUAUUGCCGACCUGAUUCCAAUCGAUCUGAGUAACGAUCGCGACUAUGCGACGACAAGUAAUUCUUCCUUGGACGUGGAGGUAGACAGUAGCAGUGAGCAACGAACUGCGACUGUCCACCAAGCCCAAAUGGAGCAAAGAAUGGUACCGACAACGAGUUUAGUGGAAAAUAGUGACAAGAACGGAACACGUGUUUUGCGAUCUUCUAGUCGAGUACAGUGUGCGACAAAGGAACCAGAUAACAUAAUAAAAUUUCCGCCUCUUCACCCGUCCCAAUCUAAUCCGUUGGUACAGAUUUCUUCAAGCGAAAGUGGUUCCUCAGUACUAACAAUUAGUUAUGGAGAAAUUGGGGUAACACUUCGUGAUCAAAUUGAUCCGCAUAUUGGAUACAACAGUGGCGAGUUUAAUGUUAAUCAAUUCGGCAAAGUACAAGAGACACCGUCUGUUACUUACGGACAAACCACCAGUUUCUCAGGAUCUAGUACGUCUCUGAAACCGGCAGAUACAGUUGAAAAUGUUGAGUCCUUCGAUAACAGUGCCUGGAGGAAGCGCGCGCUCGAGAUAGAGAAGGACUACAAAAAAUCAGCAUGCGAUAGAGAAAGAACGCGAAUGCGAGACAUGAAUCGAGCUUUUGAUUUACUGCGUUCGAAGCUUCCUCACGCCAAACCAUCGGGAAAGAAAUAUUCAAAAAUUGAAUGUUUAAGGCUGGCAAUUCAAUAUAUUCGGCACCUUCAACGAGAACUACAAUACCCAACAACACCGUCUCCUCAGAAUGUUGAAUAUUACUAUGAUACACCUAUGCACAAUCAGCCGCCACCUCCUCCUAUCACAAAUUCGACAAUUUUACACAUGGACCAAAACAAUAAUUCGCUAUGUCAUACAGAGGCUUCUCAGCAUAGUACACAAUGGUUUAUUACCAGCAAUGCCGAUGGAUACAGUUACUAUUAUUUGCCCUAGCUCAAAUAAAGUUAUUCUCAUUCCAUUUUUCUGUAAA